CAAAUCGAGAUUCCAGUUCUACAUAUGAAAAUGAAGCUGAGUUUUGUUCGUUUUAUGUGCUACUUCAUCUUGGUUCUAACAGCCAACCAAUGGGGGAGUCACUUUCGUGGUGGUUUCGUAAUGUUCCUUCCACGUUAUUGAAAUCUAAGGAAAUUUGCUUUUCCCGAAAGAUUUUACGAUUUUUCCGGAUAGGCAACUAUAAUUGUUUCCUAAGCACUAUAGCAGCUGAAGCAUCUUAUCUUCAAUACUGCAUUCUUGAACCUUAUGUCAAUGAGGUUCGAGCGCUAGCUGUGUCAUGUAUAAAUAAUGGUGGAUACAAGCUUCAUCCAUACCCGCUGGCAAACUUAUCCAAGCUCUUGAUGAUGACGGAAUCAGAUUUGGAAUCAUUUUGCAAAGCUUGUGGUCUUGAGAUUUGUACAAAUGAAGAAGGAUAUAAUUUGUUACCUACUAAGCAAACCACCUUUUGUCAUCCUAAGGAUGGGUUUCAAAACCAUAUAUUUGUGGGUUCGGAACAAUUUGAGAGGUAAUAAAUGCACAAAUCUUGUCCAACGCAAGGAUAUGGCCCUCUUAUCAUCUUUUAUCCGGUAGACUUGGUAAGAGGGCCUCACGUCCCACGGUCCCUUGAUGAGUAUAAGAAAUAAGUUUCCACUAAACCAAAGUAUAAAAGAUCUUUUUGGUGCAGCAACCAAAGGUUGCCAAUAGUAUGGUGCUCAUUUUUGUGCUUACACUCUAAUGAAAAUGACCAAUGACCUGGAUGGAGAGGGCAAAGUACAAAAGUAAGCUUUUAGUUAAAGGGUGGAUUCUUUUCUCGCUGAUGAGAAAUUGUCGGUUGACAGUGCCUUACUGCCCUCUCAAGUGGGAGAAUUUUUUGUUGCAGUGGUACUCUCAAGCCAAAAAGAGAGUAAAGUGGUGUUGAAGAUUUUUCUGGAGUGCAAGUUCUGCUUCUUGUAAGAAAUAUUGUAACAUAUAUAUUUUUUCAUAUUUCAUCUAUCACCCAUGCGAGGACAUGUAGAUGUUUGUAUUGCACAAGGUGGAUGAAGGCCUGUACGACGUUUAGGGCUGCAUGUAUUUAAUGUUCAAGUGAGAUUGACGACACAUCUCGUUGAAGACAAGAAGCCAAUCCUUGGGUGACAAAUUUCAAAGAACAUUUAUGGUGUUGCAGCAAGAACUUAUGUUUUCAGGUGGUGAAGCAAAUUGUCCAACCCUUGAUUUACAGCAUGGUGGCGAGUUCCCAUUAUUCUAAGAGAAGAAAGAAGAGGUUCAAGUCUCCUGCCAAGAGGAAGGAGUUCUUGAAGAGGUUUCAGCCUUGGAGACAUUGAUGAUGUGCACACUUCUGUUUCUGCUCAAAUGACUCUUUUGAUGAUGUGCAAAUGUUGUGUUUUUUUGUUGAAAUGAACCUUUAUGAGAGCCUUUGAUGUAUUAUUUUAAUGAUGUUCAAAUGUUGGAAAGACUUCCGUGGGUUUAGGACAAGGCUUGUUAGAUGGCUCUUAAUUUGUAUCAA